AUGGAUCCAUCUCUGUACUGCCAAAGCAACCUUCUUUAUACACAGGAGUCAUUGUCAAAAUAUCAACAUGGAGGAUACCAUCCAGUCAACCUCGGAGAUACAUUUGAAAAUGAUCGUUACAAGAUACAUCACAAGUUAGGAUGGGGUGGCUUUUCCACAGUAUGGCUUGCGAAAGACAGAGACCGAAAUCAAUGGGUCUCCUUGAAGAUCUUGACCGCAAAUUCGUCGAUAUCGCGAGAGCUGCAAAAUUUGAAAAUUCUAGAGAGGCAAUCUCGGAGAGGGCUUUCUUCAAACUAUAUUAUUCAGCUCCUUGAUGCCUUCACACACAAAGGCCCCAACGGGGUCCACCAAUGUCUUGUUUUUGAAUUACUUGGUCCUUCGGUUGACAAGGUCCUCUCGGACUACCAUGAGGCUCAAGAAAAACUCCUCCCGGAAACCGUGCUCCGAAUUUCUACGCAGCUCUUGAAAGCUAUCAAAUUCAUUCACAGUGCCGGCAUGUGCCAUGGAGACAUCAGUGGUCGGAACAUUGCAUUUAGUUGCACUCAUUUGUCCAAACGGACUGAGGAGCAGCUUUUUGAUGUUCUUGGAUUCCCGGAAAUUGAGCCACUGAAACGGGUUGAUGGCACGCCUCUAGGCAAUGAAUUGCCGGCCCAACUGAUCAAGGCAGCAGAAUGGACUGAGUGGAUAGACGAGGACGAUGAAGAUAUUCGGGUCCUCGAUUUUGGAGAGAGUUUUUUUCAAGGGCAGGAACCUCAGAAGCUGGCCCAGCCGGCUUCAUUGAGGGUACCAGAGACGAUUUUCACCGACUGCUUCGAUUAUCGCGUCGACUUAUGGCGCACAGGUUGCAUGAUUUAUUCCUUCUUAUUCACGACCUGGCCAUUCUGGUAUCUUGGCGAGGACGAGGUUUUAAUUUACCAGAUGAUUGGCUUUGUGGAGAGGUUGCCAGCUGAAUGGGAGUCUAAGUGGGAAUCAAUGCUGAUGAGUUCUAGCCAUAAUCUGGAGCUAGAAGAAGGUAAUUAA